AUGCCCGAGCCCAGUGGCACGGCAGCCAAGAAGCUCAAACUCGAAGAACCCGAGCCCGAGCCCGAGUCCACCCCCAACGGCACCCUCCAAAACGGCAACCCGACUGAAUCACCGCAAAGUCAAGAGUCGACACCCGAUCACGGCGCCAUCCCCGAUCCAACACCAGCAGCUCUUCGACGCGGCGGCAAACGCAUCGAAGACGAAAUCUGGGACAGCGAGAGUCGCCGCCGGACCCCUUCUCCAGUGCGCGCCACCCAGCCCAUUAAGGAUCGGGCUGAAGAGUUGGCGGCGCUGUUCAAGAAGGUGGGCCAGGCGCAGCAGCUCGCGCUGAGCGUACUCGCGGACCACUCCAUGCAGAAGAUUGCGCGAGACAAGAACGCGCACAAGGAGAGUCCCGAGUACGACCAGAUUCUGCGGGAGUUGGGCGAGUACGAGCGCAAGGCGCUGACUCGGUGUCGAGAUCAGUAUGAUCUCAAGGUGGAGUCCGCGGAGAAAGUGUAUGCGGGCAAUGUGCUCAUCGUCGAGCAGCGCACCCAAGAGCGCAUUGCAAACAUCCAAGAAGAGAUGUUCUUUGCCGCUCGGGGCAAGUACAUGGAGCUCGUGUCCGGUCGACGAGCAGCUGAAGAUGAUGAGCACACAGAGACCGACGGAUCAGACGCGGAGGCUGAAGAACCGCGCUACCUCUUCCGCAUUGGCAAAGCCGGCCUGCGUGAAGUGGAGCGUGGUUUCUUCGCGGAAGCUGUCCGGCAACCAGACGGCGCGGCCGCCUUUGAGCGAGGCGAGCAAGAAUGGGAGGACUUCGUCAUGAAAGUCCGACUGGGGGAAGACCUGAACCCCCAAAUGCAAGCCCUCGACUCCUCCAUCGAGGCAUCCACCGACUCCAUCAACCGGGCGGUGGACUCCCUCCUCCAAGCCGCCCGCACCGUCGCCGACAGCUACGACGGCCCCUCCGACGUCCCGAAGGCUCUUGAGCCACCGCGCUCUCUUCCCCCAACCACAGGGGGUUCCCCAACCACCACCACCACCUCCUCCUCCCCGGGCAUGGCCCAUGGCCCAACCGACCCGCGGUCCUUCAUCCUCCCGCGUCCGACACCCACCCAGCAGCCGCGACGGUUGCUUCCCGCGCGGUCGCCGCUGGGCAUGGGCCUGCCCGAUCCCUUCGCCAUGACCGGGCCUCCACAGCUGCCCCCGCCCCCGGGUUCCAAUUUCCACCGGCUGCCACUCCCCUCGUGGCCUCCCGGUCCCCCUGGGCAAGCGGGCCAGCAACCCGGUCCGGGAAGUACAGGGUCUCACGGUGGCCCUGGCCCCCAUGGGGGUCCACCGCCUCUGUACUUCCCGCCGCCUCCGCCACGGCGGUAUUGA